AUGCUCCGACAGCAACUACAGACUAGAAGUUCCCCUAUUAGCGUCCAGUGUGGAGAGGACACCAUAGAGGUCAGUGUCCAGAGGGAUUUGUAUGGGAAUGGAAAGCUAGUGAAACCUUCCGAUCUGAGCCUGGGAGCCCAAGGAUGCAAGCCAAGCACCCAAAGUACUGACAACAUGGUCAUCUUCCAGAUUAGCCUCCAGGACUGUGGCAACACUGCUCAGGGGCUAGUGUUUUCAAAUGUGUUACACCGUGCAGGUUGUGGGGUUACAGACUCUGGUUCUGUCUUCUGCUCAGGUCACUGCAGUCCCUCAGCAUUUACUAUCAUGGUGGCUGACCCACUCGCAGGCUUUUUAGAUCAUGUGGUGAUCCUCUUGCAUGGUAAUGUGAGCAGCAAGGCCAUUAAGCCAACAUGGCUUCCAUUCAGCACCACAGUGUCCUCAGAAGAGAGGCUGUCCUUUUCUUUGCACGUGAUGGCUGAGGACUGGAGUGGCCCCAGAAGUUCUUCAGUGUUUCAGUUGGGAGAUAUUCUCUACAUAGAGGCCUCUGUGGACACUCAGAACCAUAUUGGCCUGAUCCUGUACAUUGACCGAUGUGUGGCCACCAUAUCGCCUGAUGCCAGCUCUUCUCCUAAUUAUGACAUCAUUACAGACCAUGGGUGUCUGGUAGAUGGAAUGCAAGAGGACUCCUCUGCAGCCUUUGUGAUUCCAAGGGUCAAACCAGACAACCUACGGUUCACAGUAGAUGUCUUCCGAUUCCUAGGAAAUGAUGCAUCUAUGAUCUACAUAACCUGUUUCCUGAGAGCUGCUGCAGCCACACAGAUCCCAGAUUCCAUGAACAAGGCCUGUUCCUAUAGCAAAGCCACAAAUGGCUGGUCUGCAGUUGAGGGCCCCAGCGAUAUCUGCCAGUGUUGUCAGACAACAGGCACCUGCAGCAACCCUAAUCUGAUGACCGGAGGAAGGACCAGAUUUGGAAGACCGAGAGCAUUUGUCAAGAGGGAAGCCUUGGAUGAACCCCACAUAGAAGGUGGACAAAGUGUGACUAUUCUAGGACCUCUGCUUGUGAUUGGGCCAAAACAAAGCGAUGUUGCACUUCAAAUGACAAAGGAAGAGUCUGCCCCUGUGGAGCUCUGGGUGUUGGUGGCCGUUGGAUGUGUCAGUCUUCUUGUUGUCCUUGUAUGUGCAGUGUCCAUUGGGAAGUCUCUGGCAAAGCCACACAAUGUGCUACAGGAUGGGCUUAAGGAUGAGGAGCUGCUGUAG